CGCUCCCGGCGGGCCUCGCGCCGCCAUGGCCGACCUGUUCGAUGGGAUCGUGAUGGCGGAGCAGAGGUUCCACGGGGAGGGCUACCAGGAGGGGCUUGCAGAGGGCAGCCACGCCGGAAUAGCUGAGGGCAGGAGGUACGGAGCACUCCACGGAGCCAAGAUGGGCUCGGAGAUUGGUUGCUACCUUGGGUUUGCACUGACAUGGCACUGCCUGCUCCAGAAAUGCACAGAUGAAAAGAACAGCAAAAAGAUAAGGGCUCUGGAUUCAUUAAUAGGGAUGAUUCAAAAAUUCCCAUAUGAAGACCCCACUUAUGAUAAGCUGCAAGAAGACCUGGAAAAAAUCAGAGGAAAAUUUAAACAGGUUUGUUCAAUGCUAAAUAUUCAGUCUGAUUUUAGAAUUGGUAAUGAGAGAUCUUCACUAACAUUUUGAAUGGAACAAAUGAAGAUAAACGUGGAUGACCAAAGAAAAAAACCAAUAAAAGAACAGAACUGGAAAAGUGUCCACCUACUUUUAUAUUAAAAAAAAAUCAAAAUAGUGGAGACGUUAAAGGGGAAGUGAAAAAUCACUGGACUUGCAAUAUUAUUUAACAUUUAUAAUCUCCAAGUUUUAUUUAGGAUAUUACACACACUAGUGUGUAAAUCUGUUAAAUAGAAAUAAUUGUUUUAAUUCUUUGCUAGUCUUUUACUGAUAAUUCCUCAAAAGGAAAACAAGCAUUUGCACAGUUUCCUUGUUUAAGGGAUGUCUGUUACUUAAAAACCUGUGUAUGCAGAUCAUUCAGUUUACACAAUGUGUACAUGCUGUGGGUGACGGAAAAUAAAAUCAGUUCCCUGCAGACUUUGCAGCAGGAAACAUUGUUGUGGGGAGAAGAUGGAAUGACAAAGGAGGUCAGAAUGCAGAGGAGAAGGGUGAAGAUGGCUGCUCAGAAUAUGGAGUUUGCACCUGGAUUUUCCAAUAGUUUUGCAGAUUGAUGGGGGGGAGGGAGCAAACUCCACAAAAUCUAACCCCCUCCGUACAAGUUACCAGUUUAAAUGGUGGAUGAGAUCAACAUGACUGCCAGAAGAGUUGUGAUUCUCAUGGACUGUAUUUAUUAGUAUCUCUUACACAGACCAGCUUUUUAUGUGCCAGCCUUGAAAAGUGACCAGUCUCAUUCCAAAUCAAAGGAUGCUGCCAGCUGCAUGCAUUUAACUGUGUUAGCUGAGAGGAAUACCUGGAACAGGCUUUGGCUUGGGCUGCUGGAUGUCUUUGCAUACCAGUAAGGAAUUCCAGAAUUCCUUUUAUCAGCUGUACAUUGUGUGUGUGUGGCUCUGCCUGCAUGGCACGGUUCAGCCUCAUGAAGACAGAUUUGAGAUUUUUGGUUUGUUUAACUGUCUUACACAUUAAUUUUGAUACAUGCAGGCAGUGUCAGAGCCAUCUAGUGGAUGUGUGGGAUUGUAGGAGCUCACAAAUAUUUGUGUAGGUGAAAUGGUUAAAAUAGACAGUACAGAACAUACACACUCAUGAUAAUUCUAAUUAUGUGGAGAAUUUCUUUGUAAUGAAGGAACACUGAGGUAGGAAUUAAUAUUUGUUUCCUCAUUUGCAAAAAUGUCUGUAAAAGCAAGAGCAGGGUUGUGAGAGCUCCAGGUGGAGCAUUUGUUUAAUAGAAGUGUGUGAUAUGUGAGUGACAAGCCAAGGUGCUGCUCCAGAGAUUGUACCAAACACAAUUAUUUUUGUUCAGCUCAGGAGAGAAAGGGUCUUCGGCAGUCAGGUGGUGACUGUUAUUUGGAAAAUUGGUUUAGUGGCUAAUUUUCUUGUAUUGUUUAGUUCUAUUUUUAAAAAAUUAUAGUAAAUUAUUAUAUAAAUACAUGUGUAUAUACUGAACUGUAAGUAUUGUAUCAACCAGGAUUUCCAGCUGGGAUAUACCAAGUUUAGGCUUAUCUAUUAGGUCUUUGAUUUUUUAAUGAGGUCUUUAAUUAAGUUUCAUUUGUGUGGACACACUGAUGGAGUCUCUUUUUCCAAGAGUCUGUGUUUUUCUGAAUAUUUGCUGUUUCACACCUUGUGUGGGCCUGAUUUGGUUUAUUAAAUGAGGUACAGUUCAAAAUUC